CUACUAUUACAGUAUUGCAGUCAUGUUCUAUACUUACAUUUCUAGUUUGUGUGGUACAGGUCGCCUGUUGUAACGUGAAAUCAUUCUCCUUCUCUUCGUGUCUAAUGGCUCAAGCCCUCACCUCGCCUUCCUGCAUCUUCAACCCGCAGGGAAUCAUUGAGGCUCAGGCGAGGCGGAAUAAUGACAUUUUGUUAUAUGCUAACCUUCUUUCCACAUACAGUAUAAGCUAACACGAUAGCAACACGAGCAGCGUCCACUCACUGUUCCCUCAAAACUCACUUCCCGCCAUUCUUGCGUUUAAAAGUAUAUUUGAGGGACACCUGUCUCAUCGUUUUACAUAUUGAAGGGGAAAUUUUCACGCUAUCUUUUCUUAUGUGGACGUCUAUGCUCCUACUGCUAGCGCUGCUAACAACACGGCUGUCAUGGUUACGUUGCCCGGCACGGGAAUUAAGUUAAACUACAACUCCCAGCAUUCAAUGUGAGCACAAGGAUGUGCCUCUGAAAUAUGUCUGUCGUUCUGUCUUCCAUUCGUUGAUUUUGAGAAUAAAACGACAUUAUUUCAACAUAUGACAUACAACAAUCACCAUAAAUUAACCCCAAAUAUAUAUAAUUUUAUUAUGUAACAAUACACCAUUUAGAUCAUGAUUUGGAUCGACACAGUUUAAAGGAAUCAUUUGUUGUUUCGGAUUUGUCGAGUCAGUCGAGCAGGUUUUAGUGUCGGACACAUAACGUAACGUUCUGAAUGGCGUAAAAUCAAGAUAUCUACGUAAACUAAAGUUUUGCAAACAAAUCGAGGUUUUAAAUUUUAACAAUGGAUGUACUUCGGAGGAGAGUUGUUCAGGAGGACGCUGUCCAGUACAAACUCUUCUUGACCGAGCCGGUCAGUUCCACGGACAUCGAAGAUCACCUCUCUUGUCUCGUGGAGGAAAUUCUUGCAAAAAUAGCUCCUCUUUCCAUGCAGUACAUUUGGCAGAAACAGCCAUUCAACAUCAAAUAUUAUCCAGAAAAAGGGGGAGUUCCGGCUCAUAUUGGUGGCAGCACCCAGUUUGGUGACAAUGUGGAGGAUGAGUGGUUUAUUGUUUACCUUCUAAAGCAUAUUACUGAGGCUUUUCCAGGGCUUGUUGCAAGAGUUGAGGACAAUGAUGGUGAAUUCCUUCUAAUUGAAGUAGCAGAUCAUCUCCCCAAAUGGCUGAAUCCAGACACCAGUGAGAACAGGGUGUUCAUCUACCGUGGCGUUUUGCAUCUCCUGCCCUGUCCUUCACGAUCCAAUCCCACAGGGAUCCCGAAGGAUGUGGUACCGAGCAUUCAACAGGCUAUAACGCUACUCUCCUCCCAGCCGGGAGCAUGCCGGGCAAGCUCCAAGAUUACCUCGUCCCUGGAUAAACGGCUGGAUGGGUAUCCGGAGAAGAUUGGAGCCAGUCUCCACCAUGCCCACUGCUUCAUACCAGCAGGGGUGGCAAUGGUUUUAGCGCAGCGGCCCGACCUGGUGGCACCUGCCGUGUCAGCCUUUUACCUGCGUGACCCCAUAGACCUUCAGGCGUGCCGAGAUUUCAAGAACUUCCCUCCUGACACGCGGGUCUUAACCUCCGUGACAUUCACUCGGUGCUUGUACGCUCAGCUACAGCAGCAGCAGUUCAUCCCAGACAAAAGGAGCGGCUUCACCAUGCCUCUACGCUCGGACCCACGGUACAAAUCGCACGAGCUUGGCAUGAAGCUGGCUCAUGGUUUCGAGAUCCUGUGUUCCAAAUGUAAAAUGCCCUCGUCAGAAGAUGACUCUUUGGUCAGUUGUAACCCUCAGUGGAAACGGUUCUUGCAAAGUCUGAAGAGCAACGGUUACUUUAGGGAAGAGAUUGAGGGAUCGGCACAUUACAGAGAGCUGAUGACUUCAGCAGAAAACUUUUUCAAACAGUCGGUCGCCUCAACAAUCAGUGACGUGCCUCCCGGGGAGGAGGUUCUCCAACUGCUGAGCUCCUGUGGGCCCAUUAAUAUGGAUGAGCUGAGGAAACAAGAGGCACAGCUCCCCCAAGAGGACAAUGACAACUGGCUUGACGUCACCGCUCAGGAUCUGGAGCGCAUGCUUGAGGAAAGAUCCGGAUCAGCUCCAGACAUUAUAACUAUCAAACACCCUCAGACCGUCAGGCCUGCGGAGGAAGCUGCUGGGUGUACGUUGACGGAGGAUAGCGAGAAAGUAGAGGAAGCUGCUUGCAGUCUUGCGGGGGUCAGUGAGAAAAUGAAGGAGUUCCUCAAUACCAAGUCAUCCUACAUGGGGGCAGAGUUGCCGUGGAACUGUUCAAGCAAUAAUCCUUUCACCUAUGAUACAGCAACACUUAUAAGUGAACUGGAACGAAUAUUAGACACAAAUGAGGAAGAUUCACUCGAUUCAGAUGAUAUUUGUGAAGAUGAGUGGGAAGAGGUUGGGGAUGACGAUGAUGAUGAGAUAGAAGAGGAAUCUUCUGCUCACAUGAAGAUGAAUGGGAUGGAGGCUUUGGACACUCUGAAAGGAUACAUGGACCAGAUGGACCAGGAGCUGACGAACACAAAUAUCGGACAGAGCUUCAAUCAGAUGACAUCGUCAUCCGUCCGUCCACCCGGCAAAGAGGGCUCACCGAGCCCAGCCACAGCAGCCGGGGAUGCGGACCAGAUUCAGCCUCUUGACGUCGACCUCAACCUGGUCACCAAUCUAUUGGAGUCUCUCAGUUCCCAAGAAGGCCUGGCUGGACCUGCCUCCAAUUUGUUGCAGAGUAUAGGAAUACACCUCCCUCUAAACUCGGAUCGCUCCUAGCUGGCAGCGACCUCCUAGUUAGUGAUGAAACUUUCAUUACACAGGAAGAAAGGCAAGUAAUAGGAAUCAUGAUAUUUUGCCAAAUGGAUAUUCAGUAUCUGCAUUGUAUAUAUAAAAUUAUGUGAAAUUUAUUAGUUGUAAUGAAUAAAUACACUGGUCAAAUGAGGUUGUUUUUAAUGAAAAAACUGUGUAGCAUUGUAGAUAUAAUAUGGAUUUGUUCGGAAGUACUGUAAUAAAAUAUAUAUAUUUUUUUGCCUUUUGAAAGAACACAAUAAAGUAGUAUUCAAGAAAGUGUUUUAAGAAUGUUGCAUCUGUGGUUGUGCUACUGACCACUAUAAAGCAAAAAUGCUUAAAUUUGUUCCAUAAGUUGUAUUAAUUUAUCCCUACCAGCUAAAUCUCUUAUUUUGUGGUGCUUCUAUGAGCUGCACGACUUCCAGUACAUGUGGAUGCUAAAAAAAAAUCUGUUGUAAUUUUCAGAUUAGUGGUAUAGGUUCUUUUAUAUUGCUAUCUCCAGCUAAUCUGAGUGCAAUCAGAAUUUAAAACAUUGUCACAGACAAUUUUGUGCAAAACACACCUUCACACAAUACAUACUGUAAUCAGAAUAUCUUGUGUAUCGUAAGAUUUUUUUCCCGUCCUUUGUUGGUACAUAAAUUUUGAUUCUGAACUGCUAAAUAUGAUGCAUGCUGCACAGUUGCGUACUGUUAUAUUUUAUUUUGCAUAGUGUCGAUGUUUCGUGUACUGUUGUUGAGAUGUAACAGAGAUGGAUAAAGUCUGGUAAACUUCCAGCCAAGGUAGAAA